UCUAGAUCAUCAACUUCCAUUCCCUUCGAAACCGACACUCCUUUGCACAAAGUUACCGCUUCGAAAACUCAGCCAAUAUGCGUUUCACUCUCUCUGCCAUGCUCGCCUUUGCGACGUCCCUCACUCUCGUCGCCGCUCAGGAUCUCACUGGUCUCCCAAGCUGCGCUCUCCCCUGCUUCGCCACCGCGAUCCCCGCGUCCGGUUGCAGCAUCACAGACGCCAACUGCCAGUGCACCACGGGCCGCGCCAGCAUCCAGAGCUCGUUGCUGUCAUGCGCGCCGUCCAGGUGCUCGGCGACUGAUCUCGCUGCUCUUGCUCCUGCUGUCGCAGCCCUCUGUGCCAAGGCAGGCGUUACCAUUAGCGACCUUCCUACGGCUGCUGCCUCGGGCUCGGCCUCUGGAUCUGCUACGGCGUCGCGGACGGCGAGUGUGUCUGGGUCGCAGUCUGCUACGGGAAGUGCGGCUGUUGCUAGCAGCACUGGUGCUGCGGGUGUCAAUGUUGUUGGAUGGGGGGCCGUGGCAGUGGGCAUUGCUGCUGGUGUCUUCGGUGCUUAAAGUGGUGAUGCGGACUGUUGAGGCACAGGAGGUGCGCGGGUCUUCCUUAUGGCGGUCGGUCUGAUCUUUGGAACGGUGUUUCUGGUGGACAUGGUUGGACAUGAGAUGCGCGCUUUGCGCAUCCGUAGUCAUGAAGCGAGGCGAAGCUUCAUAUUCUUUUUUAAUUCUUUUCGCCUCACUUCAACGUUGCAUGCAUUUCAAUUCAGGCAGCAUAUAGUGCUUCGACCCAUUUUGCG